AUGGAUCCCGGGAAACAGUUUGGUAGUGCUCUUCCAUGGGCUGAGCCGGCCUGGUACUCCGGUCGCCCUUCGCCAUAUUACAACGAAUCCCACUUCAAACUGCGCGAUGCUGUGCGCAAAUGGACGGAGGAGAACACCAUGGAUAAAACCGAAGAAUGGCGUGCACUCGGAAAGGUGCCGGACGACGUGUAUCAAAAAUGCGCCCGUGACGGGCUCCUGCUCCCGAUAGCCUUUGGCAAGUCAAUCCCGGAGGAAUUUGCACAUUACCCCAUCAUUGGCGGUAUCAAGGCCAAGGAGUGGAAUGGGUUCCAUGACUUUGUGUUGUGGGAUGAGCUGUGCCGUAGCGAGUCAAUUUCCAGUGUCUUUGUCGGGUUGACUGUGGGAGCGCCACCUAUCCGGCAAUUCGCGUCGAAGUGGUUGCAGAAGAAGAUUUUGCCGGAGAUCCUCAGCGGCCAGAAGAGGAUCUGUCUUGCUGUUACAGAGCCUUCUUGCGGAUCUGAUGUUAGGAACCUAGCAACGACAGCAGAGAAAUCUGCUUGCGGGAAGUAUUAUAUUGUCAAUGGAGAGAAGAAGAUAACUAACGUUGACUUCACUGGAUCACCAACGGCAUGUAUUCAGACUAUUUCAUGGCCAAUGACAGCAAUGGAAAGAAAUCCCAGCUUCCAACAAUCCCAGACGGCCGUCCGAACAGGUGGCCCUGGCGCGGAUGGUAUUUCCUUCCUCCUGAUCCCGCGCACCGAAGGCAUCCGGACGCGCAAAAUCGAAAUCGGCGCUGAUGGCCUCAGCGCCACCACGUAUAUCAUCUUCGAGGACGUCAAGGUCCCCGUGGAGUACCUCGUCGGCUCCGAGGGCCAAGGAUUCCGAUACGUCAUGAGUAACUUCAACCACGAACGUUUGUGGAUUGCGUUCCAGGCGCUUCGCAAUGCUCGCACCUGCCUGCAAGACGCAAUGGCGUGGGCUAUGAAGCGCGAGGCAUUUGACAUGAAGCUAAUCGACCAGCCGGUCGUGAGGUAUAAAUUCGGCUCGAUGGCUAAGGAGGUCGAGGCGCUGCAGGCGUGGACGGAGCAGAUCGUUUACGAGUUGGAUCAUAUGAGUUAUCAGGAUGGAAAUCGGCAGUUGGGCGGUGUUACAGCGUUGUUGAAGGUGAAAGGCGGGCAGAUGAACAAGUUCGUUGCGGACAACUGUGUCCAGAUUAUGGGAGGUUUUGAAACCGCUAGGCUUGGCCUCACGAAGACAGGGCAGGGUUCUCGUAUCGAGGCAAUUUCGCGCAGUACUCACUCAUUAAUCGUCCCUGGUGGAUCCGAAGACGUGCUCAUUGACUUGGGAGUGCGAGAGGCACUCAAGCUCUCAGCUGCUAAGGUGAAGAAAGGCGCAAAGAUGUAA